AUGUCUCUCUGCAGCUCAGUGAUGAAGACUCUGGUUUUCUUCACCUGUUCUCUUCAUCUUUCAUCAGCAGUCACACACUCUCUGCAGUAUUUCCUCACUGGAGUUACAGGAAUAAAUUACCCAGAAUUCACUGCUCUUGGUCUGGUGGAUGGAGAGCAGUUUGUCUACUACGACAGUAACAUCAGCAAAGUGAUCCCAAAGACGGAGUGGAUGCAGAAGGUGAAGGAUAAGGAUCCAGAUUACUGGAAAGAACAGACAGAGGCUGCACGAGAUCAACAUGACAGCUGCAAAGUCAAUAUGCCUACUGUAAUGCAGUGCUUUAAUCAUACUACAGGAGUUCACACACUACAAAGAAUUUUGGCCUGUGAGCUCGAUGAUGAUGGGACUGUUAGAGGAUACAAUCAGUUCGGUUAUGAUGGAGAAGAUUUCAUCAGUCUGGAUCUGAAAACUCUCACAUGGACUGCAGCUAAACCACAAGCUCUGAUCAUCAAGAACAAGAGGGAUAAUGAUACUGGUAUUAAUGAAAAGUGGAAGUAUUUCCUGGAGCAGCAGUGUAUUAAGUGGUUAAAGAAGUACAUGCCUUACAGCAGAGAGUCUCUAGGGAGGAAAGAUCCUCCUACAGCAUCAGUGAUCCAGAAACACUCGCCUUCUCCAGAGGUGGUGUGUCACGCUACAGGUUUCUUCCCCAAAGAGGUGAUGAUCUCCUGGAGGAAGGACGGAGAGGACGUGAACGAGGACGUGGAGCUCAGAGAGACGUUACCCAACCAGGAUGGAAGCUUCCAGAAGAGAAGCAUUCUGAAAGUCCCAGCUGAGGAUCUGCAGAAACACACCUACACCUGCGUGAUUCAGCACAGCAGCUUGAAGGAGGAGUUAGUGCUAGAAGUACCAAAAGGUGGAGGACUGAUGCCUAUCAUCGUUGGUGUUCUCGUGGCUCUCGUUGUUCUCGUUGCCGUUGUUGCUGGAAUUAUGGUCUGGAAGAAGAAGAACUCUGGUGAGAGGAGGAAGGAGGCAGAUGUGAAGUUUUCAGAGAACAGAUUUACACUUUCUAAUUCUUGAAGGAGAUUUGAUGAAUAUUUUGCUUGUUUUUAAUC